AUGGAGAUAACAAAAACGAACAAAGGCGGCAAGAAACUUCUUUACGAAGGCUGUGCUUAUGUUGUCGAUAAGCGAAAGGAAGAGAGGAUUUUAUGGCGAUGUGAAAAGCGUGGAUAUUGUGGUGGACGAAUAACAACUUCUAACGAUACUGUACUUUCUUUUGCAAGUCAUUCUCACCAGCCAGAUAGUCUCAGGUGUGAUGCCCUAAAAAUCCAGAACAAAAUUAAAGACAUGGCCAGCGGUACAGAAGAUAUUCCCUCAAAUAUAAUUCAAAACACUACAGCAAACAUAUCUCUAGAUGUGUGUGGGGCUUUGCCAAAGAAGAAGUCAAUUGCGCGCACAAUUAGGCGACAACGCAGUGUAAAUGAAGAUGAAGAUUUGACGACAACUACAAGAGGGGAAGCUUUUUUGUUGCACGUUAGUGGGGAUUCUAAGCAUUUACUCAACGUCUAA